AUGCUCUCACGUGUUGCUGCAGUCAUGGCACCCCGCACACACAACCGUCGCCGCGUGACCGGAUCCAGCGGCAGGAGGAGGGAAGGAAGAGAGAGUGAGCCGCAGAGGCCCGAAAUGUCCCGGCGUGUGUUUGAUUCCACGGUGCUGCUCUUCCUCGUCAUCAUGAUGUGCUGCAGUGGAGUUGAGACCGCUGAGGUGGGAAGUAAUGCUGAUGCUUCAACUUCUGGGUCGGCAUUGAUGGGUGCCAUUGCUGGAGAGGGGAGUGCUUCAGGGGGUGUUGAGGAGCUGCAACGGGUCGAUCUAUUUGUGCCGCAGACGACGCAGGUGCUGCCGAAGAAGGGGACUACUGACUCAAGUACGGCGAGGGAUUCAUUUGUUUCACCCUCUCUCGUCAGUGCUGGUGGAGUAAUUGCUGCUUUUGCCGAAGGUCACAUAAAUGCCAAAAACUCCCAUACCGGAUCAACUAAGCCGUCUUCUGAUGUUGUUGCGGAGUACAUCGACUCUGCGUGGGAAUGGCCCACUGUUGUUGGUGAGGUCAAUAAAGAAACAUGGCGGGCACACACUGUGCUUGGUAAAGCGGAGGGAGAGGGGAGUUUUGAUGUUGUGCGCCACCCCACAACCACCAUGAAGGACAAUAAGGUGUUUCUUCUUGCGGGAAGCACUGCCUUGUCCUAUGUAAAUGGGAGUUGGGAAGAGGGCAGCUUGGAACUAAAACUGGUUGUUGGUGAGGUCAAGAAGCCUUCUGCGGGCGGCGAGCAAAGUGGAUGGAUCAAAUGGGGCGAGGUUCAAUCGCCGGGC